GCUAUGCUGGCUGCAGUGACCUUUCACUUCCCUGGCCUUGCUCGCUGGGUGGCGUGGUGUUACCAUGCACCAACUCGCCUCUGCUUUGGGGAGCGCACUGCCAUCCCCUCGGAACUGCGUGCAGGGCCGCUUGACUUGGCUCUUUUCUACCUAGACGAUGGUGUUUUGGACGGAGACAUUGCGCAUGUGGUUGCGGCUUUGGCUCACUUACAGCAAAGAGGCGCUCAGCUCGGCUUGCAUCUCAACCUUGCCAAGUGUGAAGUUGUGGCUGUGGUGCAAUCCCCUGAUGGUUCAAGCCGUGUCCAGCGCGACUUCGAGCUCUUGGGCGCCGCCAUUGGAGCUGAAGGUUUUGUGGCGGCCCACACAGCGGCUCGAGCUACUGCCGCGGAGCCCCUCUUGAAUGCCAUCGCGGACCUCGAGGAUCCGCAGGUGGGGCUGCGCCUGCUCCGCGCUUGUGCAGGGCACUGCCGCAUGGUCCAUAGCAUGCGGUGCUCGCCGCCUUCUGCCCAAGGGCAGGCACUGCAGGCCUUUGAUUCACUGGUCCGGGCUUGCUUCGCGGGCCUGACGGGCUUGCACCUCGAUGAGGCACAGUGGGCGCAGGCUAGCAGAGGCCUUUCUCAGGCUGGCCUGGGGCUGCGUGCCACUGCAGUGGAUGCGCCUGCUGCUUACCUAGCCUCUCUGGGUGGCUGCGCAACUGCCUGCCGUGAGCUUGACCCGCAGUAUGGCGCUGCUGGACUUGCUGACCAGCCACAUGCGCAACAAGCCGCGGCAGCCACGCCCUCGCAGCAUGGGCAGAAAAUAUCUGCCGUGGCGUCAGCCACGCCCAGUCGCUGGCGCAGCUCCAUGGUGAAAGCAGCAGCCUCCAUGCGCUUGCGCCUGGCUGGCACAGCAGCCAACCAAGCACGCGCCCCUGCUUCAGCCUCCGAGCGCAACAGGGCACGGCCCACGACUGACGCGCUGGUGCGUGGCCACAGGUUGCUGCAGUUUGCUGGCGGAGAGCGCAACCAGCGCCACAACUCCCUCCGGGAUCUGCUGGCAAGCUGGGCGGCGCGGGCAGGGCUGCAGCCCGAGCUUGAAAAGCCGGGCCUGCUGCUCCCACAACGCCCUGAGGAUGCUCGAGUUGAGCGCCGUCGCCCUGCGGAUGUGUACCUGCCGGCUCUGGCCAGGACUCCUGCUGCCCUUGACCUGGCUGUCACAGCCCCUCAGCGGCAAGAGUCCUUGGCACAGGCUGGCCAGCAGUCCCUGGCAGCGGCCGCUAGCUAUGCAGAAGCCAAAGCAGCGCAUCUGCAGACAGCUCGCGCCUGUGCAGAGCAGGGCGUGCGCUUCAUUCCUCUUGUUGCUGAGGCCACUGGGGCGUGGGAUAAGGAGGCAUCUAAGACCCUUCUCCUCAUCUCGCGGGCGGUGGCGGCAAGGGAGGAAGGGCAGCCAGCCCUCGUACAUGCCGAGAUGCUUCAAGAGUUCUCUGUCUUGCUCCGCGCCCACCGGGCUCGUGCGAUUUUGCGGCGCAGGGCGGAGGCCUUAGCGGUGAAUAUCGCCAAUGCGCGACUUAGCGACACUAACCAGAUUUUGAAGAUUUCGCUGCGUUUCUUGAUGCAAGCACUGGGGAUCUUCACGCUGGAUAGCUUCGGGGAUGGUGCUCGGACCAGCAAGCCAUUGACAGCAGCGUCUUUCGUAAUCAGCGAGCAAACGGACGUGUCAGGAGUUCAGUGUAGCGGCGGUUGGGGCCUUUUUUGUUGGAUGGUUCGUCGACUUGCACCCGCUGAUAUUGUCCGAGACCGCCUUCCAACACUGUUGGUUUACGUGAUGUUGAGUUUCUCAGGCUUGCAGGUCGCAUCUGGAUGCGACGCAAGCCGGAACUCCUUUGCAUUGUUGCCAUACGAGGACAAGGACUGUUGCGAGGAGGCAUAUCUCACCGAUCCCAGCGGGUGCUUGAUUGGCGGACAAUUCAAUGGAAGGUUCAUACCUGGCCAGACAUGGGCUAAAGGUGUCACCUGCAAGUACAAUGAGGACAUCAUGGCUUUCCGGGCCACUUGCGCAUCAAUUCCUGGAAGCUAUACAGAAUCAUCACCAGGAAUAUGUACAGAGGCUGGGGUGCCAUGGCGUGCGCCUAACACACCUGGUUUUGACGGAGCAGCCAUGAGAGCUGACAUCUCCGCAGCUGU